AUGGCCACUCUACACUAUCUCCCUCCUGUCAAGCCUUCUGCGAUCGCCCUGGGCGUCGUCUUCAACCAAAUCUCCGGCGCUGGAGUGUUGGCCCCUCUGUUCGGCGAUGUCUACCAGCGUGCCAAGGCUGCCGACAGCAAAGAAGAGUUCUUCAAGUCGAAGGAGACUGCCACCGCUGCUGCUAGCUGGGGAAGCUCCAUCCUGGGUUCUGCUGUUCAGACCUACGGUGUUGCUGCUCUGAUCAAUGCCACCGGCACACUGAGCUACAAGGGUGCGGCCUAUUUGGGAGGCUUGGUCUUCGCAGCUUCGUACAGCCCUUCGCUCAUCUCCGCUCUUGUCGUCGAGAACCGACCCAUUGACACUGUUGCCGUGGGCGUUCUCUCUCGUCUCCUGGAAACUGUUGGCCUCAGCGUGUUCCUCACCUACUGGGGCACUCGCACCAACCCAUUCGACUAG